AUGAUGAAAUUUGGUCGCAUCCGCAUCUUGGCAUUGGUGAUUGCGUUCAUCUUGGUCUCUAUUCAACUGUUGGGUUUUUCUAGGUUUUCCAUUUCCUUGACAACUCUUGGAAGUACCGGUAUUGGCAACACCAAUGAAGAGGCGCCCGUCUUAUUAUCGCAGGAUGAUUCACCACCACCGCCACAAGUCAACAAAGCAAAUAAUAAACAAGAAGAUUCGGAUUCCUCGCCAGAAGCAAAAGCUCGUACUACGCAAAUCAGCCAGAGUCAACGGCGCACAGAGGUCCAGCAAUCCGGAACAACACCUUCUGCAGAUCAUGUACAACCAAAAUCACCCCGAAAAACACCAUUGAAGCAACCAGAUGAACCAAAAGAACAAGACAAACGUGUCACUGAAGCACCAGCAGAGUCUGUUUCAUCGUCACCCAAAAAGGCAACAAAAGAAGCCAAGGCUGUCACUGAAGCAAACAAGCCCAACUUUAUGACGUGUACCGCCACUGAGUCCAAUCCACAACAACAACACCAACACUGCUGUGCUGCUUGGUCAGAUGCUACUGAUAGUAGUAUAAGAGAUCAGGAGAUUGAUGAUUGGUGGUUGCAUCGACCCGAUUGGGAGAGUCCCAUGGCACUGCAAAAUGACACGCAUUUUUGUUUUCAAAUCAUUGCCAACCAUACCAAACGGCACUUUCUCAAUCAACUCCAUCAACUACAAUGGGACAAUGGAGGUUCUUGUUCGCAAAUUAUGAAAUCCAUUGAACUCAAUUCCGGUUAUGGCGCCAGCACGGAUUGGAUUGUACAAUCCAUGUUCCAUGCCACACAGCAGCAACAACCACACCGUCCCUUUCAAAUUGCCACCAACAAACGAGUCUGGAUCUACUCUACCAACGACACACAGCAUUGGGGAUAUUGUCCCGAAACCGAUUCAAGAUGUUACUAUUUGCCCAUUUCUCCGUGUAAUCGCAACGAAUCCAUUCUCGGAGAACAUUAUCCGGCACGGUCGGGACAAGAUCCCAUUCACAAACUCCACUAUCAAUGGAUCCGCGAAUACAUCUAUCGACCCAAACACGUCUUUCGAACCCAACAAUGGAAAUUGCGACAAUCCCAAGCACUGGACACACGCUUGACACAACCCUGCAGUGUCUUGCACGUGCGACGCACCGAUGUCGGCAAUCUACGACCACCUUUUCGACGGUAUGCCGCUGUACAGGAAUAUCUCGAUCAACUGGACGACGACAAUGAUGCUGUGCCCAUGGGAUCUCCCAUUUUUCUCUUGACGGACGAUCAAUCGACCAUUGAUGAAAUUCAUACGUAUCAUUCGAAUACUAGCAACAAUGAGCAAAAGUAUCAAUGGGUCUAUCUCGACCGGCCACGGUAUACCGGUUUGGAAGGAGGAUUCAAUGGACACUUGCCAUCGGGAGAUCCUCCCAGCGAACUGGUGGCCAUUGAAACGGAAUUGGCACUGGCACUGUCGCGGUGUACCCAUGCCGUUAUUGGUGGUCGAUCGGCAUUUACCAAGAAUUUGGUGGAACGACUCGAUUUGGAAGGCACGCCUUAUCAAAAGUUCUUUUUGAAUACCGGGGUCGACAAGGAAGAGACCAUGGAAAAGUGGGCCCGCAAAAAAACGCAUCGAGUCAAUGCCAUGUUUCAUGAUAUUGACACGUAUUAUGCACAACGGGGCAUUGCACCCAAGUAUGGCACCCUUAUCAGUCAACAGCAACAGAAGAAGAAGAAAAGGAAGAACAAAAUGCAAAAAGCCAUGGUAGUGGACGACAUCACGACGACGCAAUUUACACCGGGUGAGGACGAUCGACCAAUCCCAUCCCCGCAGGAACUGGAGGCAGCAAACCAACUAGUUACGUGCAACCAAGAACAAUGUUGUGGCACGUGGGAGGUGGAUGCCGAUCCAUGGUGGAUCCAUCAUCCCACAUGGGAGAUCUCACUGGAAAACCAGACACAUUUCUGCUUUGCGCCCAUUCCCAAUGCCAAGUGGAGGGAGUUUUUGCAGCAAGUGCAUGACCGACAAUGGCACAGCAGUAACUGCUCGGGUGUCGAAAAGACGGUCGAAGUCAACUCGGGAUUUGGAAGUAGCAUUGCGUGGAUGGUCAACAGCUUUUGGCAUGCGCACAAGAACAAAGUGCCCUUUCAAAUCAUUCACGGCAAUCGACAAUGGUUGUACGCUGCCAAGGAUAAUUCCAGUUGGGCCUAUUGCCAAAGUGAAGAUACUCGCUGCUACUAUCUUCCCGUGUCGCGGUGUUCCCGUCGAGAAACGAUUCGAGGAGAACAUCACGAUGCCAGGCCCAGGGACAAGCAUGAAAAGGAGCUACACUACUUGCUCAAAAAGUACCUGACACGACCUAACCAGAAGUUUCGGCAAAAGAUUUACGAAAUGCGACAAUCCAUCCACAUGAAAUACCCAUGCACAACAAUCCAUGUAAGACGGUCAGAUGCGGGCGUGCCAACAACCCCCUUCAGAAGAUAUGCGGCUGUGCAAGAAUACGUUGACGCUGGCAGCUUAAAGGAAGGAGACAACGUCUUUUUAAUGACAGACGAUGAAUCCACAAUUGACGAAAUCAAAAAGCACCUACCCAACAACUACAAUUGGAUGUACUUUGAGAGACAAAGGAAUCGUGGAGUUGCCAAUGGCUUUGAUGGACACAUCCCAUCGCAGGAUCAUGGCCUGGAAAUGGUUGCGAUAGCGUCUGAGCUACAACUGGCCUCAACCUGCGAAAAAAUGGUGUUUGGAGUCAGUGGCUUCAUGGCGAGUCUCAUGGAUGAUCUUGACAUAAGUGGCAAAUCCUAUACAAAGCAUUUUGUCGACACAGAAGUCUCGAAGCAGGAAGCACGCAAGUGGAAGGCAGACACGGAGGGGCGAAUCGUCAAGUUCCUGGACGACAUUGAAGAAGUGUAUCGCAACAAGACUUUAGCGAUGCAGCAAGGAGAUGCAUCUAAUCCAUCUCGAGAAGCAAGGACGGGCUCCUUGAAGGGGCUGUCAGUCGAUGAUGCCAAUCGCGCGGUGAAGUGUCAGAACACGUCGUCCUCUGUAGAAUGCUGUGCCUCGUGGGAUGUUGAUGUUGAUCAAUGGUGGCUUCAUCGACCUGAUUGGGAAGUCAGCAGGGAGGACAAGGAAAGCUUUUGCUUUUCGCCAAUUCGGGAUCAAAUCAGGGCACAGUUUAUGAGGGAUCUUCAUGAACGCCAGUGGGUUACAGGGAAGUGCUCUGAAGUUCAAAGAAGUGACAUGGUCCACUCGGGGUGGGGUUUUGGAAUGUCAUGGUUAGCCUAUUCGUUUUGGCAUGCGCACCGAAACAACAAGCCGUUCCAGAUUGCCAAGAGCGAGGAUGCUUGGAUGUAUGCUACAAAGGACAAAGACAGCUGGGGAUACUGCGAGGACAGUGACAUCACUUGCUACAUGCUCCCAAUCUCGCCGUGUCCAAGAGACAGCUUUAAUCCAGAAGAACGACAAGAAUUGAAGCCUCGCAGGUUGUGGAAAUUCACCUGGCUACGACAGUACAUGUUUCGACCAAAACAAGUGUUUCGGCAGAAGGCCUUUGAGCUGCGACAAGCGCUUGAGAUGAAAUACCCAUGCACCGCAAUCCAUGUCAGGCGUGGAGAUGUAGCAUUCCCAAAGAAGCCUUAUCGCCGUUAUGCAGGAUUGGACGAAUACAUUCAUGCAGCAAAGGUCCAACCAGGAGACAGCAUUCUUCUUUUGACUGAUGACAACAAUGCCAUUGAAGAAACAAAGCAAGCUGAAGAUGGCAGCGACUUGCAACAAAGUUGCAUACGGAGAGCUCCGUUCAUGAGAGCUUUCGUGGAAGAUGUCAAGUCGCAAGGGCGACAAGUGGAAUUGUUCUACGUGAACACGGCUGCGGACGAAGAAGAAGCACUUGAGUUUUACGGAAAACCCUUCAAGAGGGCAGCAAGCUUGCUUGAGGCCAUAUCAUCCAAAGCCAACAGCAAAGGGAAAGAGAAGGACAAGAUACCGAAUGGUAGCACCGACGGAACAGCUGUUGCGACAGAGCCUCCAGCUGUGCAAGAAACUGAAGGCCCAUUGACGUGUUCCGACGAAAAUGACUUUGAAUGUUGUGCAGAUUGGGACACUAAUGUUGAUGAUUGGUGGCUUCACAAGCCAACAUGGGAAGCCACAAGGGAGACCCCAACAAAGCAGUGCUUUUCACCCAUGAUGAACAGCGAAAAAGCUGCCUUCUUCCAGAGUCUGUAUGAUAUCCAGUGGAAAGGAAACUGUUCGCAGUUGAUCACGUCUACACAAAUCAACUCAGGUUACUCGGCCAGCAUCAACUGGCUGGGCUACACAUUCUUGAACUCAAGCAUUGAACAGAAGCCUUUCCAAAUUACACAGCACGAUUUUCCGUGGAUGUAUGGCCCUAAGAACAAGUCACAUUGGGCCUACUGUGAAAGUGAGGACAUCACCUGCCUUAUUCUUCCAGUAUCCAAAUGUGAACGUGAUUAUGUGCCACAGAAGCAGUUACGCCGGCACUUGAUUGGUCGUGUCUGGAAACAACCAAGGAACAACCCAAGUGCUCGACUGGAUUUUGAGUGGCGCAAGGACUUCCUGCUCAGACCAAAUCAAAUCAUGAGGAAGAAAGUGUAUGAGAUGACGACAUCCAUUGACUUGAAGACCCCGUGUCUCACAAUGCAUGUUAGACGUGGAGACAGUGGCAUUCCUGAGAAACCAUACCGCAGAUAUGCUGCUGUCCAAGAGUACUUGGAUGAAGCCGAUGCUAAAGAUGGUGACAACAUUCUACUACUAACUGAUGAUCAGACUACAAUCGAUGAAAUCAAGCAGUAUCACUCAAACUACAACUGGUUCUACUUGAACAGAACACGUCAUAGUGGAACUGAGGGAGGUUGGCAGAGCCACGUCCCAAGUGGCGAUGGUCCUUUUGAAGUUGCAGCCAUCAAAACAGAGGCUCACCUAGCUGGUUUCUGCAAAAAGUUUGUCCAUGGAACCUCAGGCUUCAUGCGAACUAUCCGGGGCAUGAUGGAAGCAGAAGGCAAGUUUGUGGACACAUACUUUGUCAGAACAGGGGUGGGCAAAGAACAUGCAAAGAAGUGGCCAUAUGAUGGAAAGGAACGUGUUGCCUAUUUCAUGAAGGAAAUGGAUGAGUACCGAAAGAAGAGCAAUGCCAAAAAGAAGGCGAAAGCCCUGGAUAGUGCCACCGACGCAUUGCCUGCAGAAAAAUUGGCUCUGUCCCCAGAAAAUAAGGAUGGAAAAGAUCUCAGCCAGACAAUACCAGGCGUGGCAUUGGACACAACGGACGGCCCAAUGUCCUGCCAUGCAACUAGCGCUGGUGGCAGGGAAUGUUGCGCAGAUUGGGACACCGAUGUCGAUGAUUGGGCGGUCCACAAACCUACAUGGGAAAUCUCCACAGAGACAUUGACGCAACAAUGCUUUGCACCCAUGAAGAAUGGGACAAAGGCUGCCUUCUUCCAGAGCCUAUAUGACAUCCAAUGGAAAGGGGACUGCUCACAAGUGAUCACAUCUACACAGAUCAACUCAGGCUACUCUGCUUCCACCAACUGGUUGGGUUACACAUUCUUACAUUCCAGCCUUGCCAAAAAGCCCUUCCAGAUCACACAGCAUAACUUUCCAUGGCUUUAUGGUCCUCAAGACAAGUUCCAUUGGGCCUACUGUGACAGCGAGGACAUCACAUGCCUUAUCCUUCCGAUCUCCAAAUGUGAACGUGAUUUUGUACCAAAGAGGAACCUGCCUUCACAUGUGAAGGGUCGCGUCUAUGCGGAACCUAAGCGAGAUGACAAAUCUAGGACUGAGUUCCAAUGGCUGAAAGAGUUUAUGCUCAGACCAACACAGAUUUUCCGCAGAAAGUUGCUAGAAAUGAAACUCUCGGUGAACCUACAGCUUCCAUGCACCACCAUGCAUGUGAGACGAGGAGAUGCAGGCUUUCCCCGCCAACCAUACCGCAGAUAUGCAUCUGUUCAGGAAUACUUGGAUGUUGCGCAUGUGGAGGAAGGUGACAAUGUUCUGCUGCUGACUGAUGACCAUACUACUAUUGAUGAGAUCAAACAAUACCAUACAAAUUACCACUGGUUCUACUUGAACAGGACUCGCUACAGUGGUGUUGAUGGUGGUUGGGAGUCUCAUAUACCCAGUGGUGAUGGCCCAUUUGAAGUCUUGGCCAUUCAAGUAGAGACACACUUGGCUGGAAUGUGUGAGAAAGUUGUUCAUGGACAGUCAGGCUUCAUGAAGGUGGUGCGAGGGAUAAUGGGGGCAGAGGGCAAGAAUUACACUGCCUACUUUGUGGACACUAAAGUUCCCAAGAAGGAGGCCGAGAAAUGGACAUGGGACGGCAAAGACCGUGUUGUCUACUUCAUGAAAGAGAUGGAUGAGUACCGCCGAAAGAGCCUUGCUGCAAAGGCGAAGAAAGGAAACAAAUAG